UCAAAGGAAAAGAUCACAAUAAGUGAAUUUAUUUGCAUGUUUCACAGCAAAAUAAAAGAUUACAAGAAAACUUUUCGAGAGCCAUGGGCAACAGAAACCAAUUGAAUACCACAGUUUUCCCAACUUCAUGACUCAGAUGACAUUGCAAAAGACACAAAGAAAAGUUGAUCUUGUGCUGGUUGUAAAAAUUUAUAGAUUACGGUUAUAAAGACCAAUAAAUUCCAAUGAGAGUUACAAUUUGGAAGACAGUCUACUUUGAUUUUAUUUGAUUUUAAUCCACUUUUCAACAAUAGGUCUAGUUAUGCACACAAAGAGGGUGGUUUAUAGAGUAGGUACUAAAAAAUUAGUGUUUAUGGAAACGUCAGGCAUAUUUUUGGCAUAGAUAACCUUUAAACCAAAAACAAAACAAUCACUUUAUAAAAAUCGAAAGUGAAAAUAGUCAGGCUAGUGCAGCUCCCAGCCCCGGCGCAGCAGCACGACGUUUCCGGGCAAGGUGGGCGCCCUGGGCCCUGGAACCCCGCGCUCGCAGGGCUAAGGAAUAGACAGCUGGAAUUUAGAAGAUUACAUUAUAGACAGGUUAUUAGAAUACUUUUGAGAACAUAAAAACUGUGGUCAUAUUCCUUGCUUCAUUUUUGAUCUGGCACUUCUUCCUCUCACAACUGAUGGCAGUUGGGUAUAACACACACUUUCUUAACAUGAAUUGCCUAGAAGAUGGAUUAAUGGAAGAUGAAGAAAAACAGAUGUUAAUUGAUGAAAUUGCAAAAGAAAAUAUUCAGCUAAGGGAGGCGAUCCAAAAACUUGAAGCUGAGUUACAGGAUACCACCAGAAACUCCCAGAUUAAAGAGGAUAUUCCUGAAAUGAAUUUGAAAUUCACAACUACAGAGUAUCCUGAGAAUGAUGGCCAGUUUUUCAAUGUCUCCUGCUCUUUUCAAGUGAGCUCGAAAGUUCCUUAUGAGCUACAACAAGGACAAGCUCUUGUCACCUUUGAAAAAGAGGAAGUUGCCCAAAACGUGAUCAGGCAGGGGGAACAUCACAUACUGGUAGAAGAUGUGGAUGUGAAAGUGAUGGCCAGUCCGGUUCCCUUAAACUCAGGAGUCAGAUUUCAGGUUAAUGUGGAAGUUUCUAAAAUGAAGAUCAUUGUUACUGAAAUUCCAGAUGACUUGCCUGAAAAUCAGAUGAGAGACAAGCUAGAACUGAGCUUUUAUAAGUCCCAGAAUGGAGGUGGAGAGGUGGCAUGUGUGGAGUAUGAUAGGCAGUCUCGGCGUGCUGUCAUCACAUUUGUGGAAAUUGGAGUGGCUGACAAGAUUUUGGAAAAGAAAGACUAUCCUCUUUAUAUAAAUCAAAACUGCCACAGAGUUACAGUUUCGCCAUACGUAGAAACACACGUGAAAAAGUUUCAGGUGUUUUCAGGAAUAUCUAAGCGAACGGUGCUUCUGACCGGAAUGGAAAACCUUCAAAAGAUGGAUGAAGAACUUGUGGAGGAUUUAGUCAACAUUCAUUUUCAAAGGGAAAAGAAUGGAGGGGGAGAAGUAGAUGUUGUCAAGUGUUCUCUAGGUCAACCUUGCAUAGCAUACUUUGAAUAAUAACCUCAUGGAAUUACAUGAAAAUUAGAGCUUUAGAGCCCAAAUCACUGCCAGUAUUGGACAAAAUUAUCAUCCUUUUCCUUAAAAAUGAAAACUUUAAUUCUUUAACAUUCAUUUAUUCUUGGAUAAAAAAUGUGUUUCUGUGUUUUUUAAUUCUUCUUUGUUUCAAACUGUACUGCAUGUUUACAGAUGCAAUAAGUGUUUGUGCCAUGUAUGUUGAAAUCAAUCUUAAGUGAUCCAAUCACCCUACUGUUGAAUAGGCACAUUCUGUCAUGGGCAUAUGGGCUAACUCAAAUUUGGCCCCAGACCUACCAGCAUGCAGACCUGAUUCAACAUUUUCCAAAAGAAGUGUUAAAUUCAGCAGUUCCUGAUUACUGUAAAUUUUUCUGCAUUUUCAAGGAUCAUUUUCCGGUAUUUCUUAGAGCUGACUGUGGUCUUUUUCUUGAACUUUUUUUUCACUUGUAAAGAAAGAAUUUUCUUUCUUUUUUUUCACUCUUCAUUUAAAGAAUUAUUUUAAGGAAUUAAAAGUCUUGUAAUAGAGAACUAGUGAUAGAAUAAAUACAAAGCUAGUAGCUCAUCACUUACCAUGCUGGCUGCUGGGAAUGCCAGAAGAUUAAAUACAUGUUCCUAUCCUUAGGGACUUAACAUUUAGUUAGAGCAAGACCCCAUUAUAUUGGCAUUUCCACCAUCUUUUUAAUGUGCACAAAUUUUAAAUGAAAAAAUUCAAGGUUCCUAUUCAGAGAGGGUAAAUUUUGCUUUGGUAAAGAUCAUUUGGACAGCUUUUAUCUUAAUAUGGUAUGUUUCAUGAAGAGCCAAUAGCAGGUUUAAAUUCAUAUUAGAAUACUGAUAGACAUGAUAUGCUUUCAGUAAAAGUUCUAAAUUUAAACCUAUCCAACGAUUUAAGUCUACUAAAACACAAAGAGAAAAGCUAAAAAGAAAAGAAAAGCUUGGCUUUUUGUUUCUGAUAUUUUAUUUUUAGAUUUUAAAAUAGUUAUGCUGUCAUCAGAAAUACUCAUUCUUACACUUGUCUUUGGAAUGAGAGAGAGCAUUAAAACUGGAAAGUUUAUAAUAAAUCUUCAUAUUCACCAUUUUGGAAA